AAUCUGCUGCAGAAUUCUUCCUCUUCACCAAUGGAUUGGUCUGCCUGGCUCUCCAAAUCCAGCCUUCAGCCAUCACUAGUCCAUGAAUAUGGCCUUCUUUUGUCUGAUAACGAGCUCGAGGAGGACGACAUCAAGCACUUGGAUCAUGAGUUCCUCCUAAGCAUGGGCAUAUCGAUAGGCAAGCACAGGUUAGAGAUUCUCAAGCUGGCAAGGAAAGAGAGGAAGGGGGUCAUUUCUGCAGUGAAGAAGCUCAGCAAGCGUGUGUCGAACUAUGUUUGGAGGCUGAGUAACAGUAGCAGCUCUGCAAUUGUGGCUGUUCCGAAGGCAGCAAGGCAGUGGAGGGCGAGCAGAAUGACGAGUGACAGGAAGGAACUGGAAGAAAAGCAAGGGAGGCUAAUGAUCACCAAUGGCAACCAGGAAGCUCAGGAUUGUAGCAACAAGGUCGGUAGAGCCUAUGCAGAAGUCAGAUGGGACUCCAUGUUCCAGGAUUUGAAGCCAACAUAAGCGUUUGAAGCUCUCAUCUCUUUGUAGAUUCGCUUAUGCUGAAACUGUGCGUGUAAGAACAUAAGCUAGAAGAUUUGGUCCGAGUUAUUGCAGGAAUUUUAUGAGCAUUUGUGAUGGGAUGGAGCUUUAGGAGGGAAUGGCAAUUGGUAAAGCUAUAUAUUCCAGACUGAUAGACCAAGACUUCUGGCAACCACUAAAUUUUGGAGUGCGUGUUUUUUUGUCAUAGGGAAGACUGCCUUCAUAUGCAUUUACUGGUACUUCAUCAAGCCAUUGUGAGAUAUUGCUAUGCAUUUCUUAUAUAUGUGUGACAAUGAAUUAGGGUUGCAAGGAAGAACACUGUAAAUCUCUCUCUUGUCUUUGUUUUUUUAGGUGUUUGACAUUAUUUUUUUUUAAAUUUAUAAUAAUUGUUAAUCUUUUAUA